CUAAGUGCAACUCAAUAACUCCUCCCUCGCUGCGCCGCCUGUGUCAUCCCUCCCCGCGCCAACCCUAACUUCCUUUCUUUGCGCCGCCGCUUCGCUGUUGCCGCAACCUCACGACGCCGCCACCUCGGCACCGUUGUUGUCUCCUUGAGCUAUUGAAAUCCUUUCAUCUCCUCCUGUACACGCGAGCAGCAUUGAACAGAGUGUUUAGAAUUGUUUUAUUCUCCUCUCGGGUGGGUGUGGGUGUGGGUGUCACGAGCAAAGGCGGCAGCAGCACUCUCCUCUUCACUGUCCAAUAGCACCGAUCGAUAAUUGAAUUAUAUAGGAUACCAAAUGAAGGAAGAGCAGAAUGAUGCUUCUAAUGUUCCUACCAGAAAGAUGAAAUUUACUCCCAAAAUCCCGCCUCGGAGGGCACCAAAAGCGGUUGCGGUUAAAGUGGAAAAAACCGAAAAUAAGGAAGAUACUGUUGACAAGGAACUGCUUUCAAAGCUAAACCGCGCAAAGGCAAGCGAUGGAUUUGUAAAGAGAACCCCUAAGAUUGAUAAAAAGGAUGGCCCAUCUGAAGUAGCAUUUGGCCACGGAAGUUCCACGGUAAGGUCAUUCCCCAAGGGCAGCCUUGCAGGAGACCCAAAUUCAGCAUCACUUGUGCCGAAAGAAUAUGCCGAGCCCUGGGAUUAUACUAAUUCCUAUUAUCCUACUUCACUUCCGCUAAGAAGGCCCUACUCCGGCAACCCAGAAAUUCUCGAUGGAGAGGAGUUUGGUCAGGCAGCUAGCAUGGCUUGUGAUCAGGCUCAAAGUAAUCCAGCUCUAGAGCUUGAUUUGAUGCGAAAGAAGGAAGAUACACAGAUGCUCCUUUUCCAGUUACCUGUAAAUCUUCCGCUAGUACAGCAGUCUUCUGCAGGCACCAAAGUCGAAGAUGCUGCUUCCAAGGGAGACCGUGCUUCCAAGAAUGGCGCCAAAUUAGAACUACCAACAGGGCGUAUGGGGAAAAUUAUGGUCUACAAGAGUGGAAAAGUGAAGAUGCAGCUAGGAGAUGUGCUUUAUGAUAUUUCUCCUGGUCAAAAACUUACAUUUUCUCAAGAAGUGGUGGCAAUUAAUACCAAAGAGAAGCAUUGCUGCGCGCUCGGCGAGCUUGAUAAGCGGGCUGUUGUGACUCCGGAUGUGGAUUCUCUCUUUCACUCCUUGGAUGAUCUUGACCUACAUUAGCAACCCAAUAAAUUCCAAUCAAGGUUACUUAUCGCUGAAGUGGAAACUUAUUCCUUUGAUUAUUUAUUGAGAUGUUUAAUUUUUAUUUUUAUUUUUUUUCAGAAAAAAAAUGUAAUGACCUGAUGUGUCCAAGUGGAAUUUUUAAAUUAUAUGGUUAAUUAGACAUUUAAAA